AUGCUGAAUGCGCUUUUAUCCAUAUAUAUUGGAUGGCUAUUAGGUUUAGUAUUAACAACAGUCUUACUAAUAAUAUUCGGCUAUGAUUGGGGGCCACUACCGCAUUUAUAUGUUAAAUUAGUGAAAUUUGUGCAAAAUUUUUAUCCACAUAAUUAUCCACAAACUCAUACAUCAUGGCCAGCAAUUAUUAAACAGUGUGAUACAUCAUUGCUUCGAAAACAUCGUGAUGACUCAUUAUCAUCAUUUUAUUUCAGUGAAACUCCAAUGCUAAAUGUGUUUGAUGUUUGUUCGGAUGCAUUUAAAGCUGGCUUCGAAGCAAUUAUUCAGGAUCAAUUAAGCGUUGCAUUCGAUUCCGCUCCACCAUUCUAUAGCACAUUACUGGAACAUCCUGGCCGAUUACCAUUUCUAGAUACAAAACAUCGCAUUUCACGACGACACAUUUUUGGCUACUUUGUCGCAUUACUAUUUCGCUAUGGUGUUUUAUUACCAAUACGAUUAUCAUUAAUGUUUGUUUCAUUUAUUUUCUCAACAACCGCAAUUGUUGCUGAACACUUUAUGGAUAUGACUGAUGAACAAAAACUACGUGUUGGUAUUAUGAAUUGUCGAUUAUUUUGUGCUGGAAUUGGCCUUGUUGCCAAAUAUCAUAAUCGUCAAUAUAGGCCUAAACAUCCAGGUAUUGCGGUGGCGAAUCAUUUAUCACCAAAUGAUAUACAGGCAAUUUACGCCGAUAUUGACCCAAAUAAUGGUUAUGGCUUUACAGUAACGGGUCAACGUCAAACUGGUCUUAUUUGCUUUAUUGAAACUAUUGCCGAAAAAUUAAUUCCAACACUAUGGGUUGAACGACGUAGUGCUACAGAUCGUAAACGUUUCAUGGAUGAAGUGAUUCGAAAAGCAAAGGCUGAUGGCCCAGUGUUACUAUUUCCUGAAGGCUAUUGCACGAAUAACACGCGUGUUUUACAGUUUCGAAAAGCUGUUUUUGAAGACAGUGUUGUUAUUUAUCCUAUAGCAAUAAGGCAGAAUGCACGUUUUGGAGAUUCAUUUUGGUCAGAACCAAAAUUUUCGCAAUAUUUACUACGCGUACUAACGUCAUGGGCAAUGGUUUAUGAUGUCACUUAUUUGGAGCCACAACAAAAACAGCCAGGUGAAAGUAAUCAAGACUUUGCACAGCGAGUUCAGAAGGCUAUAGCUAAAACCGCGGACGUUGAAAGUAUCGCAUUAGACGGUCGAUUAUGGUAUAUGAAAAGUGAACAGCAACGACUGAAAACACUGCAAAUGAAAAAUUUAGCAAGACGUUUUAAAGAUCUCAUUACCGAACAAACAGAUUAUGAGACAGUUCAGAUGAAGUCAUCAAAAUCACUGAACGAUAUCAAAUCAUCAUCAGUGUCAUCAACUGUUUCAAUUAAUGGAGUUUCAUUGACAUGA